CAAUUUUGUAUUUUUUGUGAUAUGUGUACAAAAAUUAAUUUUAAAGUAUUUUAACUCGAUAUUAUUUUAAUAUUUUGGUGAGUAAUUUUUGUGAAUCUAUUUUAUAUUAAGAAUUAACUAUUUUGAAAAAUAAAUAAAACGUUUUAACUAUUUAAUGUUAAUGAAUAUUAAUAGGUGAUCUAUUAUGUUAUUCAAACUAACACAGUAAUGAUAAAACCUUUUAAACUAUGGUAAGGUAUUCAUUUUUGGAUAAUUCGUGUGUGAUUCGGAUUUAUGUUGUGUGCUUAGUUUAUUUUUGUUGCACAAUACAAAUUUCAAAUGAUUAAUUUGAAAAUAAUGCCUAUAAUAUAUUUAUAAAAUAUGCUAUGCCCUCAUUGUUUUAGGACUCAGAAACAGUUUAUGACGGGAAUGAAAAUAUCUUUAGUAGUUUAACAAUGUUUUGUUGGGGAAAUACAGUCAAUGGGGAACUUGGUCUUGGUGGUAUUGAAGAAAACCAUAUCCUCAGCCCAGAAGAGAUAACUAAUUUUGAGAGUAUAAAUAACAUUAAAUCUGGUAAGUCUAUUGUGUAAACAAAUAAUGACUAUAGACCAAAUAUAUUAUUUUAUGUAUAAUUUUUUUUUUCUAGUGGCUUGCGGUAAGAAUCAUACACUAGCUGUUACUGAAGAUGGAAAAAUAUACGCUUGCGGAAGCAACGAUUUUGGUCAACUUGGACACUGUGGACCUCGCACUAAGCUACGUGUGUAUUUUAUAAAAUAAAUUUAACUAUUGAAUUUUAUAUUUAUUAAUUUUGUUUUUUUUUUUUUUUUUGAUGUUUCAGAACAAAUUACAAGUGUGGAUGCCUUAGUGAUGACAAGCAUUGCAUGUGGAGAAGCUCAUUCAAUGGCACUGAAUGAAUGGGGACAGCUAUAUACGUGGGGUUCUGACUCAUGCCAUCAACUAGGUAAAAUUUAAUAACUUGAAUCUUAUGUUUCAAAGUUAGUUUUAUAUUUUAUUGUAAUGAAAUUUAGGACUUGAGAUCGAAGAAGGGAUUCAGUAUAAACCAAAAAUUGUUAAAUCAUUAGCCAGUAUGUUAGUAGUUCAAAUUAGUUGCGGAUAUAAACAUUCUAUGGCACUAACUAAUCGUAAGUCAAUGUUUAAGAUUUAUUUUCCAAAAAACUUAAAAAUAGAGUAAUCUGAAUUAUUUAAUAAAAACGUAUUUUUUUGGAAAAAUACAUGUUGCAUAAUUUUGAUAAUACCUAGAUAUUAUAUUUUUAUAUACUAUUUAAAUAGAUGGUGAAUUAUAUACUUGGGGUUCCAACGAAUUUGGGCAAUUAGGCCACGGCAAUAAAAACCCAAUUGCAGCCAAACCAACAUUAGUCAAAUCACUUGUGGGUUUACCAAUUUCAUUUAUUGCUUGUGGUGGUUAUCAUAGUUUUGUUGUAUCAAAAUCAGGUAAGAUUAUUAUUAUUUAAACUAGGGUUAGCAUGUAUACAGUAGCAUACAACUUCAGUACUCUCUUGCUAACAUGAACUCGGUUAAUAUGAAUUAUGAAUAAAGUGAACUAGUUUUCUGGUCCGAGAAGGGCCUUAUACUAUAACAUAGGUUUUUUAUUUCCUUGAUUUGCAAAAAAUUUUCUGGUUAACACAAAACUUGAACAAAUUUUAGGAACAAUGGAACCAUUUGUUUGCAUAAUGAACAGAAAGCUAUCAUUUUCUAUUUACGGUUUACAAAUACAAUUUAUUAUUUUCAUACUACUUUCGUUUUAUUACUUUUAUAAUUGAUUGGUUUGUUGCUAAUCGCUCUCAUACAAAUCUAUUGCUCUAUCGAUCAGUUUCAAAUUGAUUUUAUUAGUGGUUUGUUGUGUACAGUGUAAUGAUAAAAUCUUGACCAAAAUGAGUUAGGUAACAAAUGUCUAUUGAUCUUAAAACAGCUCAUUAUAGUUGAAGUAGAAAAAAGGACACUACUUAAAACAAAAAUUGCUAAGAAGUUUAGCAUUCCCAAAUCAACAUUGUCAAUAAUUAUUGAAAAUGAAGAUGAGAUAGACUAAGCAGUUGCACUUUAUUCAACAAACUGUGCAAAGCGACUAUUUUAAUAGGUGUAUUUGAUUUAACCUCCUUUGAUAACGCAAAUUUGUUUUUAAGUCUAAUAUUAGAGUAAGUCUUAUAUUAGUUUAUUGUAUCAGUUAACUCGCAUUUUUUCAAUACACAUUUUGCAGUUUUGUCAAGUGUGUUAAUGAAGGAAUACUGUACUUGGUUUUAUAUGUUUUCAUACUGUAUAAAAGUUGUUUUAUUGUAGCUGCACUUAAUAACAGUUAUUAGGUUUAAUUUGUUAUAUUAAUUGUUAUUAAGUUUAUAAAAUUUUGUUUAUUUAGUUAAAUCAGUUUAUCUUUAUUAAUAAUAUACAUUUUUAAAUAAUAAUAAAAAGACAAUUGUAUUAUUAAUAAAUGUUUUAGCUUUGAUAUUUCUCAGCUACAUAUUCGUAUUGUUUAUACAAUGAAAUGUUUUCAUUAAUUUGCUAUCUUUAUUUAAGUAUUUUCUAGUUGAACUGUAACAUAUGUAAACAGUAAUCACUUUAAUAUUAAUACAAAAUUGAAAAUACCAAUACAAUAUUAGUUUAGAAUUAGAUUAAAAACAAUUAGUGAAUAUUAAACAUUAUUAAACAAAUUCAUAGAAAAAAAUAAUUAAUCAUAUGUUUUAGUCAUUAAAAUAUUUGUAUAAGUAGUGUAUUAUAUGUGUAACAUAUAAAACAUUUAAUACUUGUAUAUUACCAACCCCUGAUUUUAAACAUAUAAUUGCUUGAACUAAAUUUGAUACUUUUUUAUGGUUUAGGUGCUGUUUUUGGUUGGGGAAAGAAUGAUUUUGGACAACUAGGAUUAAAUAAUCAAAUUAACAUAUUAUUACCUACACAACUGAAAACUCUACGCACUGUAAAAGUGAAAUAUAUUACUGGAGGAGAAGAUUUUUCAGUAUUUCUAACAUAUGUAAUUAAUAUUUAUAUAUAUAUACAUAUUAAACAUAGUCAAUAUCUAUUUUGAAUGAACUAUAAAUAUAUUUUUUAGGAUGGUGGAGUAUUUACAUGUGGCGCUGGUAUGUAUGGUCAAUUGGGACAUGGUAGUUUUUCAAAUGAAAUUGUUCCAAGAAAAGUUUUAGAACUUAUGGGAAGUACUGUAACUCAAGUUACUUGUGGACGGUACUUUACACUGAAUGAUUAUCAUUGAGUUUUAGUUAUCAUUGAUUAUUUGAUGUCACUUUUUUUUAAAUUUUAUAUUACAUAAUAUUUUUAGGCGGCAUACUUUGACUUUAGUGCCUUCAAAAGGUCGAGUGUAUUCAUUUGGACUUGGUGGAGUUGGCCAAUUAGGUACAAGAGCAUCAGUUAAUUCGAAUACACCGCAAUUAGUUUUAGGGCCUUGGCUAUCCCCGACUGGAGUAUCUGUGAUAGAAACAAAUAAGCAAUAUAUUGUUAAGAGUAUAUAUGCUGGAGGUGAUCAAUGUUUUGUUAAAGUUACUCAUAAAACGGUAUUUAUUAUUUUGACUGAUGUACUUAGAGUAAUUCUAAAAAAAAAUUAAACAUAUUGUAGUAUGAGAUACCACCAGAUGACUAUCGCAUUAUACAAGAAAACUCACAAAUUUGGACAGUAAAAAUGUCAGAUGUAAUACAUUUAUCGACUAUUUUACCAGAUCAUCCUGUUGACCAUGAACGAAUGUCGUAUGUAUACAAAAAAAAAAAAAAAAAAAAAAUUGUAAACUACAAUAUUUAUUUGUUGAUUUUAUUAAGAUUUGUUGAAAUAGUAAUGAGCAGCCUAUCAUGUUUAAAUGGUUCAUUUUUAAUGUUAAAUGAUAGUCAUUACACUUGUUCAGGAAAUAACCAUGGCAUAAAUUUUGAUCUUGCUGCUCAAUGUUUUGAUGCUAUUAGUCAUGUACGCAACACUUCUUUAAGUGAUUUGGUAGGUAUUAUCGUUAUUAUUGUACAUUAAAAAUACAUAAUAGUACUUGUUUAUUUUUUUUUUAGAUAUUGACAUCAUUAGCCAGUGCAGUUGAUUCCUUAUCACUGCCUGUUCCUGAUGUAGAGUCAUUGCGGUUUUACCUAACUUUACCAAUGUAUCAUGAGUUUAAAAAUAUUACAAAUGCUACUAUACUUCAAGUGCCUUAUGCCGAAGCUUUAUUAUAUCUGAAAAAUAUGGAACUGGAUACUAUUGGUAAGAUUAUUGUUAAAAACAGCAGAUAAAUGAUUAUAUCAUUAUAUUCACUUUCAAUAAAUUUCUGAAAUGAAAUAUUUUCCAGAUGGUACUUUUAGGAGGUUAUUUUUUGAUUUUCCAAGGGGUUUUUAUAAUAUCUAGGAAAAACCAGGAUAAAACACAAGAAAAGCGGGAAAUUUACAAAAAUAAUACUUUUAUUAUUUUUCAGUUUUUUUAUUUGUUGUAAUUCAGUUAAAAAUAUUCAUAGAGACUUGAAAUUUGGACAGAAAACUUAUAUUUGCUUUUUCUAAAAGUGGUAAAAAUUUAAGCCAUUUUUGAGCUAUUUAUAGACAUUUUAGUUUUGUGAGUUUUAUAUGUAAUCUUUAUUUGGUAGGUCCUCUGUGGUAAAAAUUUUAAACUUAACAGAAAUGCUUGAAAAUUUAACAGGAAGUUCAUUAUUUUGUUUUAAAAUAAAAAAAAAAUUGAGUUUAAUGUAGCAUUUUUUUUUUUAUAAAGGAAUUUUAAUAUCAAAUUUUGACGAAAAUCUUUAGAGUUAAAGUCAAGUGGAACAAAUUUAAUUUUUCAAUUGUUUUUGUUUUUGUAAACAUGUAUAUUGCUGAUUCAAGAACGAUUGUAGGGUCAAAAUUGAGUGGAUUGACUAAGUUUAAAAAUUAUAGUUUUUUGAAGUUCUGAUAUUAUGCGUACUGCGUAUAUUAUAUGUUAUGUUAAAUAACUCUUUAAUCUCUUUUUUAAAGUAUUUUAGUGAUAGCCUAUGGUUAUACAUAUGUAUUGUCAUCCUAGGGUUUGCGAGUUCAAACUCGUGUUUCGAAAAAAAUGGUUGAACUUAUUUUUUCCCUUUUAUCUAAGCGAGGAAAAACCAAAUUAAUUUUAGGUGUACCUAGAGAUCCAGCUAUCGCUCACUUGAACUAUUUCAGUUGAAAAAUACCCCUGAAUUUAUUGUACAAACUUUUCUACCAGAAAUCUUAUUCAGAUUUUUAAGUGUAGCGCUUUUUUUUUGAAGAAAAUCGGAUUGGGGAGGUACUUUGCAGAGGUAAGUUUUUGAUUAUCUAAGAAGUUUUCUCAUCAAAUUUUUAAAACCGAAAAAAAAGAAAAACAAUAUAUAAGAAAUUUAGGUAUUAGUUAAAAUACAUUAUGGUCUUCUUUUUUCCUGUGAACAACUUUUCUACUAGUCAUUUUGCUCAGAUUUACAAUGUUAGCACUUUUUCUAAAAGUAAAUCUGACUGAAAAGGUACUUGAAAAAAAUUAUUUUUUCGAUUUUCCCAAGAGUUUUCCUUGGAAAUGUGAAAAACUUAGAAAAAACGAGAAAAUCAGUACGAUAUUUAAUAAAUAUUAUUGAAGAAAAUGUAUAAUACCUAUUUAAUUAUUUUACCAUAAUAUGACAUAUAUAUUGUUAAUAAAGCAUCACUAUCAACUGAACUCCACUUAUAAUUAUUUUUUCUUUAGCAAUGUUUUAUCAUUGCUUAGUUACAAAUUAGUUUCCCCUCUGUAUCCUACUUUUAUGUUUUUAAUAAGAUUAAAUACAUAACAUUGGGUGAUAAAUAUUGGUUUAAUUUUACAGUGGUUUUCUGAAUUAAUGGAUGAAAAAUAAUAGGGAAAAAUUAAAUAUUUUAUGUAGAACACUUUUCUUUAGUAAGAAAAUAUAAAAAUUAUGGUCUUAAUUAAUUAUAUUUAUUAUUUAAAACCAAUAUUUCAUAUAAUUAAAUUAAUUUUAUUUGUUAACAGAUCUAUGGAUUUCUUCAAUGCCAGUUACAUAUUUUGAAAGCUUAAUUAUGGUGUUUAAAAAUUUAUUCAUUGAACAAUUAAACACUAGUUCAAAUUCUACUGUAAGUCUUAUUUUCUUAAUAUGUUUUGACUAUUUUUCUUUUUCUACUUUAGACCGCACUUUUUUGUGUUUUUUAAAUAAUCUAUUUUAUAUUCAAGAAUUAAUUUAACUUUUAACUUUUCAAUUUGAAAUUACUAAUAUACUAAAAAAAUAAAUUAUUAUUUUUAUUAUUGAACUCGGUAAAUUUAUUUUUUAUUCUACUUUCUAAUCGACAUGUAUUUCUUAUUAUGAUCUAUUACACAACAUUUUUAGUUUUAACAAAUAAAUUAAUUGUCUUCACGAAGUUAUCUUAGCAAAUAACAAAUUAAAAUAUUAUAAUUAUAUUAUUAUGAACUAAGGAUAUUUUUAAAUGUAUAAAUGCUUCACCUAUUAUUUAUUAUUUUAAUCUUAGCAACAAACUCAUUGGGAUAAAGCAUUGACAGUGGCAGCGUCGGUAUUAGCUAAAUUUAAUAAAUUAAAUUCAAAUUUAAAUGGUCAUCAAAUGAAGAAAGGCCAGCUAAAAGUUCCAUACACUACAUUUUAUAUUCCCCAAUUAACUGAAAAGAUCAAUAUACAGUUUGAUUACAUGAGAUGGAUACAUUCAGAUUCUAAUGGAUUUAAUGUGAGUAUUGCAAUUAAUCUAUAUAAAAUGUGUCAUAUUAAUUUACUGUAAAUUGGUUUAAUAUUUUUAGGAUCAGGGUUUUUAUUUUUGUAAUUAUGCUUUUCUUUUUGACGCUGAAGCUAAGACUAUACUGUUACAAGUAGAUCAAAAAUUACAGGUGUGUUACUUAUUCAUACAAAUAAAUAAAUAACUGUAAUAUUUAGUUGAAAAACAAAAAUUUAUAAUUGUUUCUGUAUUUCAGAUGCAACAUGCUAUGCAAGCUGCAGCAACAAGAGCAUUCACACAAAUGCUAUUUUCAGAUGGCAAUCAUCUAAUAAAUCAAUAUAUUGAACUGAAUGUGUCUCGGACUAAUUUAGUAGAAGAUGCAAUACGUGAAUUAUCUCAAUAUACUCAAUAUGAUUAUAAAAAACCUUUGAAAGUAAAAAACUUUAUUAUGUGAAAAAAAAUCAAUUAUAAAUGAAAUAUUAUUUGUAUAUAAAAUAGGUACGAUUUAUUGGUGAAGAGGCUGAAGAUGCCGGAGGAGUGAAAAAAGAAUUUUUCAUGCUUCUAAUUAAAGAAAUUUUAGAUCCGAAGUUUGGGAUGUUUGUGAAUUAUAAAGAAACCAACAUGAUAUGGUUUAAUGAUUAUUCCUUUGAAGAUCUCACUAUGUAUUACCUUAUUGGUGAAUUUAAUUUUAUAGUUUAUAUUUAAACUAUAUUUAUUUAUUUAUUUAUUUUUUUUAUCAUUAGGUUUAAUGUGUGGCUUAGCCAUAUACAAUUUUAUCAUCAUAGACUUGCCUUUUCCUUUGGCCUUAUACAAAAAAUUACUUAAUGAGCUUGUAACAUUUCAAGACUUGAAGGAUUUGAAUCCCACAUUUGUUAAGUAAGUAAUAAUUGUAAUUAUGAAACUAAUUUAAAUUAAAUACAUAUAUAUAUUUUAAUUAUUUUAUAGGAGUUUUGAAGUAUUAUUGGCAUAUAAUGAACCAGAUUUUUCUGAUGUAUUUAAUCUCACUUUUGAAAUAACUAGAGAUGUUUAUGGUGAAAUUCAAACUGUCCCCUUGAAACCAGGUGGAGCGAAUAUAUCAGUCACUCAAGAAAAUAAGUAAUUCAUUUUAAAAUCCAUCUAAUCUAAAAUUUAUUUGAAAUCUAAGUUUAUGCUUUUUGUAUUUAGACAUGAAUUUGUUGAUUUAUAUGUUGAUAUGAUUUUAAACCGUGGAGUUGAAAAACAAUUUAAUGUAUUUAAAGAUGCAUUUUUAAAAGUGUGUGGUGGACGAGUUCUCAGAUUAUUCCAUUCACAAGAACUAAUGGCUGUUGUUGUGGGUAAUCAAGACUAUGAUUGGUUUGAGUUGGAAAGAAAUGCUGAAUAUAAAAACGGAUAUACAAAGGACGACGAGACAAUAAAACUAUUUUGGGAAGUGUUUCACGAGUUUGACAUUGAUCAAAAAAAGAAAUUUUUGCUCUUUCUUACUGGUACUGAUCGUGUACCUGUUAUGGGAAUGAAAGCCAUUAAAGUAAUAUAUAUGUUUUAACUGUAUGUAUACUUUAAACAAAUUAAUCAAUAUUUUUCAGAUUUAUAUACAACCUACCCAAGAUGAUAAUUUCUUACCAGUAGCACACACAUGUUUUAAUCUAUUAGAUUUACCUACGUAUCAAUCAAAAGGAAAACUGAAGUAUAAACUAACGCAAGCCAUUAACCAGACACAAGGAUUUUCUCUGGUUUAAAAAAUAUAUGACACAUUCCUCAGCAAUAAACACUCUUUAAUUAAAAUGUAAAAUUAACAAAAAAUAUUAUCAUAGAACUUAAAGGCAGAAGAGCAGCUCAGCAUUUUGUAUUGUUAAAUAUCAGGGUUUUGUUAUUUGCACGAGUUAAUAUUAUACAUUUGUUCCUUAAUAUCUAGGUUAAGGUUCAUGAUAUAUGAUAUUUAAUAUAUCAAGCUUACUAUGACAGGUAAAUGAAUCACUGAGAAGUUAUCUUAAAUUAUAUUUUUGAAAUUUAAUCAUUAGGUUAACGGACUUAUGUAGGUUUAUAUUUUACAAAAUUAAAAUUAAGAUAUCUAUUUGGUUUUAAAUUUUUUCAAUAGUUCAUAUGUUCCACAUUUUUUUAAGCCAUAUUAUUAUACAGGCUUUAUUUAUUUUUUUUUUUUAACAAAAGCUUAAUUGAAAAACUAUAUUUACUUGAUUUGUAGAUUUCUGGGUGAAAAUAUUUGUUGGUUAUUUAAACAUGCAUGAUAAACUAUAAAAUGGAGUAAAUAGAAACUAUGAAUGCAAUAGGAACAAACUCUUAAAAAUACAUUAUUUGAAAAGAUAUAAAAAUAUAAAUAUAUUGGGUUGAUGGGGGGGGAGACAGGCUCAUAUGUAUAUGAUUUUUUUGUUGUCACAGGGUGACAAAUUCCUAAAUACGGCCUUGGAUUUAAGAAAAGAUGGUCAAAAAAUAUUUCUUAUUUGGUUAAGUAUUUUAUUUUAAUAAAUAAGUAAAUAUAUCUGUAAAACAAAAAUUAACAUUCAUGUUUUAAAUGUCUAUUAUUUUGUAAAAUCUUAUAAUUUUAAUUAAUUGACCUUUCUGCUUUUAGGUGAUAAAAUAAAAUUUGUUAUAUUAAACUUUUACUGAUGAAAUAUAUUAAAAUAUUAAAUAUCAUGUUAAAAUUAAUUAAAAUAAACAAUAAGUAUACAAUUUUACCUUAAUUACAAAUUACUAUACCAUUUUUAAUAAUAAUAAUUAACAUCGGUUCUGUAAUGCGUCUGGUUGAUUUUCUGGUCAAAUUUAUAUACCUACUUUUAAAAAACUUUCAAAAUAAAUAAGGCCCACUUUGAACCAUGUAAACAGUAAUUUAUUUGACUUCUAAACGAAGUUCAUUGCUGAUAACUGACUACAAUUGGUUGAUUAUCUUUUAAACUGUUUAAAACGGUGUUGGUGAAAAGACCCAAAAUAUUGAUUGUCAUUGCGGAAAAACCUUCAAGACCGUUCCUAUUUGCCCCUAUUUUACAACAGUGAUUAAACCUUAUACUAAUAUUUGAGUUUUGAUUAACAAGUAUAAUAUCUAUACUUAUUAAUUUAUUGUUAAUAACAACCACUAAUUGUUACUUGUAUAUUGUGUUGUCAUUAUUCUUAUGCAUUAUGUACCCAAUCACUUAUUUAUUACAAUUUUUUUUUUUUUUUUUGGUACCAGCACCUUAUGGUAAUCAAACUAAAAUUAUGAAUUGUUUUGGACAUUUAAAGAAACAGUUACCAAAAUAAAUUCUAAAUAUUGUAAUUAUUUAAUUAGUGUAUAUAUAUUUUAAUUUUUUUAUGGCUAGCACAGUAUUAUGAAACCAGUUAUAAC